CGUCGUUCCUUAAGAGAAAAAAAAGAAGAAGAGGAAAUUGAAGAAGCUGUGAAAGCGGCGGCGUUGUGAUUGUACUUUGAAGCGAUGGAGGGUGCUGCUGGGAAAGCUGUCGUCAAGGUUUCCGGCGACCUCAGAACACCGUCGUCGUUGAGCUUCGGUAAUAGCCACGGCCGAGCUCACGAUUCGUCCCUCGUUUUGGCUACCAGACCUUCCAGACAAGCACUGUCUUACUGGACAUGCUCAAAGCUUUGUGCAAUUUGCUUUGUUGCUGGAGUUGUUUUUGGUUACACAUUGAGAGGACGUGUUAAGCGUUGGGCUUCCAAAAUUCUCAGGAAGUUGAGCUGAAACACAAUCAGAUUUGACUUAUUUUUCUUUGUAUUUAGUUCUUUACAUAUGUGAAUGGCUAUUACAUUACAGGUACUAGUUUGAUUAGGGUUCUGUUUUCUUGAAGAUCAAUUUUGCCCCAUUCUUAGA